AUGGUUGCCAAGAAGUUUUCCCGCCUUAACAAGAUCCCAGCUUCGGGGAAGGCCGGGGCCUGGUGCACGCGCACUAACAAUGGUAACGAAUGGCUGCAGGUUUACUUAGGGCGGGAAACCACAGUCACCAAAGUGGCGACACAGGGGAGAUAUGAUAGUGAAGACCGGGUAAGGAGCUACAGUUUGUCCUACAGUGUGGAUGGCUCGCAUUGGGCCUGGUACAGACUCAUUGAGGGACAUAUUAAGGUUUUUGGAGGUAACAUCGACCGUAACACUCCAGUUUAUCAUUCUCUGCAUUCGCCAGUUCAAGCCAAGUAUCUUCGUUUCCACCCCAAGACUUGGUCAAGUCACAUUUGCACGAGAGUAGAAGUUUAUGGCUGCCAGGAAGGCUAUCAGUGCUCCAUGUCACUCGGAAUUGAAGAUGGCCGAAUUCCAAAUAGUGCCCUGACUGCUUCAACUAUUUACAGCGCUGUUUGUGCCGCCACGUUCGCCCGUUUAAACUUGGCAGCUGCUUCAGGUAGGGUAGGAUCCUGGUGUGUCAAAACGAAUAACGUCAACCAAUGGCUGCAGAUUGAUCUUGGAACUCCCACAACCGUUACCAAAGUAGCAACCCAAGGAAGACAAGAUGAUUCUCAAUGGAUAACUAGUUAUUCAUUGUCUUACAGCCAUGCAGGUUCUUUCUGGGUUCAGUACACCGUGCGAGGUAGAAAGAAGGUUUUUCGCGGCAACUUUGAUCGGGACUCCAUUGUUGUUCACAAGAUCUUCCCGCCAUUCCAUGCCCGUUUUUCCGAAUCCAUCCGUUGACAUGGCACAGCCAUAUCAGCAUGCGUGCUGAGCUGUACGGCUGUCCGAUCAAGGGCAUCUGAGGAACUGAGAAAAGCUCAGUCAGGCGCCGAAGAAACGGGAGACGGUAAAGCAACUUCAAGCACAUGGAGUAGUUGUAGGGGUUUUGUUUGUGAUAUCUUCAAGUUCGUAGAGUAUAGAAUA